AUGACCUUUGGAUAUUGCUUUGGACGUUCUGCCCACGGUCCACCGUACACGGCUGGGUGUCGCUCCAGGACCUGGCUUCUGACAUAUGAGAAAAAGAAAACAAAGAAAGUUGAUAAUGAACUCAACCCUGUCUGGAAUGAGAUUUUGGAGUUUGACUUGAGGGGUAUACCACUGGACUUUUCAUCAUCGCUUGGGGUUGUUGUGAAAGAUUUUGAGACAAUUGGACAAAAUAAGUUAAUUGGCACAGCCACUGUAGCCCUGAAGGAUCUGAUCGGCGACCAGAGCAGAUCUCUGCCCUACAAACUGAUCUCCCUGCUAAACGAAAGGGGGCAAGAGACCGGGGCCACCAUUGACCUGGUGAUCGGCUACGAUCCACCUUCAGCCCCGCAUCUGAAUGACCCCAGUGGGACCAGCGUGCCAGGCAUGGGAGGAGAAGAGGAGGAAGAUGGCGGUGAUGAGGACGGGCUGGACAGUGCAGUCAGGGUCCCAGGGCCCAGGGGGCCGGCACGGAUGGUGUCAGAAGCUCACCUUGCCCGGAGGCUCACGAAAGGGAAGAGCAGCCGGCGGAUGCUGUCCAACAAGCCACAGGACUUCCAGAUCCGUGUCCGGGUGAUUGAGGGCCGGCAGUUAAGUGGCAACAACAUCAGGCCUGUGGUCAAAGUCCACGUCUGUGGCCAGACACACCGAACAAGAAUCAAGCGAGGGAACAAUCCGUUUUUUGAUGAGUUAUUUUUCUACAAUGUCCACGUGACUCCUUCUGAACUGAUGGAUGAGAUCAUUAGCAUUCGGGUUUAUAAUUCCCACUCUCUGCGGGCAGAUUGUCUGAUGGGGGAAUUUAAGAUUGAUGUCGGAUUUGUUUAUGAUGAACCUGGUCACGCUGUCAUGAGAAAAUGGCUUCUCCUCAAUGACCCUGAAGAUACCAGCUCGGGUGCUAAAGGCUACAUGAAAGUCAGCAUGUUUGUCCUCGGAACCGGAGAUGAGCCUCCCCCUGAGAUACAAGAUCGUGAUCAUGACAGUGACGACGUGGAGAGUAACUUGUUACUCCCUGCUGGCAUCGCCCUCCGGUGGGUGACCUUCCUGCUGAAGAUCUACCGAGCGGAGGACAUCCCCCAGAGUACGUAUGGAUUUAAUCCUGCCCCAGGACUGUCAGUUAUCUGUGUGAAUAGUUGUGUUAAAAUCAUACUCUGA